CCAUCUCAUCACUCCCUAAGCCAUAAAUAUCACUUACAAAAGCUUUAAACUACAGUACACAUUUGCUAUACCUCCUCCCCAUCCUGCUUCUUCGUUUUGUUUUGUGUGCUUAUUUGCUUGGUCAUAGAAGGAAAAGAUAAUAAAGAUGCAAAUGGCUCCCCUCAGAAGUCAAUGCAACAAGAAAGAAGCUAAUAGAGGAGCAUGGACCGCUGAAGAAGACCAGAAAUUGGCACAGGUUAUUGAAAUCCAUGGUCCAAAGAGAUGGAAAUCAGUUGCAGCCAAAGCAGGUCUGAGUAGAUGUGGGAAGAGUUGUAGGUUAAGAUGGAUGAAUUAUCUUAGGCCAAACAUCAAGAGAGGCAAUAUAUCAGACCAAGAAGAGGACUUGAUACUCAGGCUGCAUAAACUCCUUGGAAACAGGUGGUCUUUGAUUGCUGGGAGAUUACCUGGUCGGACUGAUAAUGAAAUCAAGAACUAUUGGAAUUCUCAUUUGAGUAAGAAAAUAAAGCAAGAUGAAAAACAAAUUAGAGUUUCAACGAAACCAGAGUCUAAGAUAGUGAAACUGGGCACAGAAAAAACAAGUGUAGAAGAAGGAACUUCUAAUGCAGAUAAGGAUUCAAAAUAUAGUUUAUCUAGAGAUGAGUUCUUGGAUUGCUAUAACGAGCCUCUAAACUUGGAGUGGAUGAGUAGAUUUUUUGAAAUGGAUGAGAGUUGGUUUCACUUUGCAUGAUAAUUUAAACUUAAUUUUCAUGUAUUUUUCUAGUUCUUAUUUUUUUUAUUUUUUUUAUUUUUUGCAUCUUUUUUAAUUUUGAUGCGACUCUUUGUAGGUA